AUGUUGGCGAAAAAACUACGAAAAAUUCCGGAAUUUCAAAGAGAAUACUUGAUGCAUGAUAUUAACGAAAUGGUCCUCAGGGCAAUGCAUCCAUCUCAUGGUUCUGUCGCCACGCCAUCCUGUUCCAACGGACCACCUUCGAACUCAUCGCUAAUUUCCUUAUCGUAUUCUCGACCUACAUCUGCAAACAGCAAUAACUGUUCCUAUGCUUCAUCACAGGGUAUCAACGAGCAUGCCCAGGACCAAAUGGAAGAACACAUACAGGAAUCUGAUCCUAUCAGCCAAGCACUGUAUAUGACCUUUGGAGGAAAAACAGACACCAACUCGAAAACUACUCAUUUCAACAUGUAG